GUCGCCGUAAGAACAAGCAUCCAUCUGGUUUAGCUAAGCUAACGGUGGAGCCGAGAUGGACGACGGGGACGAGCCGGGGUUGGUGCUCUCUCACACUUCUUCAGGAUCCAAGACGGGGAGUGACAAGAUGUUUUCCCUGAAGAAAUGGAACGCCGUGGCCAUGUGGAGCUGGGACGUGGAAUGCGACACGUGUGCGAUUUGUCGGGUACAAGUAAUGGACGCGUGCCUCCGAUGUCAGGCGGAGAACAAACAGGAAGACUGUGUUGUUGUUUGGGGCGAGUGCAACCACUCCUUCCACAACUGCUGCAUGUCCCUUUGGGUGAAGCAGAACAACCGCUGCCCCCUCUGCCAACAAGACUGGGUGGUGCAGAGAAUCGGCAAAUGAGGACUGAGCCCGCGGGUUCUUCUGAGCCGUUCUGCCAUUCUCCUGUGCCGCCUUCCUACUCACCAUCCCAUGUUUCCUGUAGUCACGGCGUGGAAGGAGGGCGGGGAACAAACACGUGCACAGAUCAGCUGCUGUACGCAUCAGAAGCCUCGGGGAGGGACAGAUGACAAUUUACAGUGUUUGACAUGUAAGAUUUAUUUGAUGUAUGUGGCGGUGUUUGGCACAAGAUGUGGUUUUUAUUUUAGAAAUAAAAGAAUUGUGAAAGCUC